AUGGCCUGUCAGAGAGCUGACAAAGCUCUCAGGCUGAGGGAGGAGGUGAGCUGCAUGCUGGUCGGUGAUGGAGCUGUGGGGAAGACCAGCAUGAUCAUCAGCUACAUUUUCAAUGGAUACAACAGCGAGUACAGACAGACAGCGUUUGAUGUCUUCACUGGUCUGGUUUAUGUGAAUGGAAAUCCAACUCGUAUUAAGUUAAUCGACACUGCAGGACAGGAGGAGUUUGGCCAUCUUCGCUCCCUCUGCUAUGCCCAUGUGGACGUCUUCAUCCUCUGCUUCAGUCUAGUCAACCCUGUCUCCUUCAACAACGUCACCUCCAGAUGGAUCCCACAGAUCCGGGCUGGAAACAAAACCUCUCCCAUCAUUCUGGUGGGGACUCAGUCAGACCUUCGCCACAAUGCAGACGUCCUCAUUCACCUGGACCAGUUUAUGAACACCAAACCGGUGCACUCCAGGAGGGCAGGGAGGCUGGCACACAGGAUCCGAGCUCAGGAUUAUGUGGAGUGCUCAGCUCUGACACAACACAACCUCAAAGAUGUGUUCGAUUCUGCCAUUUCUGCAGCGAUCAAGCACAAGCUCACUGGGGGAGUCAAAUCCAGAAAGGUCAGCCCACUGAAGCGCUUCAAGUCUUUUUGUGAUUUAGGAUGGAGGAAGAUCUUUUUUUUGAUCUGA